ACCUUUUCUGAACGUUUUGGUAAGUAAGUCUGUUCCUCAGCAACCCUACCUGCUUCUCCAAACUGCCUAAAGAGAUCCAGUACUGACGAUGCUGUUCUUCCGUCUUCACUCGCUGGAAACUAACCUCAUUGUCUUCUUUCCUGCACCACCACCCAGGAGCUCAGAGAUCUAAGCCACUUUCCAUCUUUUCUCCCAGCCCCAGGACACUGACUCUGUACAGGAUGGGGCCUUCCUUUUGCCUGCUGCUCAUCCUCAUCCCCGUUCUCCAGCUAAUGACCCUAGGGAGUACUCAGUGUUCUUUAGACUCCGUUAUGGAUAAGAAGAUCAAGGAUGUUCUCAGCAGUCUAGAGUACAGUCCCUCUCCCACAACCAAGAAGCUCUCGUGUAUUAGUGUCAACAGCCGAGGCAGGCUGUCCUCCUGCCCUGCUGGGAUGGCUGUCACUGGCUGUGCUUGUGGCUAUGGCUGUGGUUCGUGGGAUGUUCAGCUGGAAACCACCUGCCAUUGCCAGUGCAGUGUGGUGGACUGGACCACUGCCCGCUGCUGCCACCUGGCCUGAGAGGGAAGAGGCUGAGAACUCAGUUGUGACAAUAAUGAAACCAGGGUCCCAACCAGGAAAUCCAACCCUUCAUUUGUUCCAGUCCUGAUUCUUGGGUAAUAAAAAUAAAUUUCUUACCUC